CGUUCACUUUCAACAUGAAACAAAUACUUCUAGUAACAGCUCUCUUUGGUAUCGCGGCCUGUGGUCACCGUGACAGUCAGUACCUUCCACCAAACCAAAGAGGAUCAUCUGGACAAUAUUCCGGUGCUGGUACAUCAGCAGCUGGUCAGUACUCUGCAUCAGGGGCUGGUGGCCACUACUCUACACCAGCUGCCAACCAAGUCCCCAUCCUCCGCUUGGACAACAACCCAAACGCUGGAGAUGGCUCUUACAGCUACGCCUACGAAACUGCUGAUGGUAUCGCCGCUCAAGAAGAAGGUUCUUUAAGAGGAGAAGCGCAGCUUGCUCACGGAAGCUAUUCCUACACUUCUCCCGAGGGUGAACAAGUUUCCAUCCAGUACACCGCAGACGAAAACGGUUUCCAACCCCAAGGCUCCCACCUCCCUACCCCACCACCAAUCCCAGAAGCCAUUCUCAAGUCCAUUGAAUUCAAUCAAGCUGAAGCAUCCCGUGGAGGAAACCAGUACAAUGAACCCCAACAGCAAUACGGUGCUCCAGCACCUCAGCAGCAAUAUGGUGCCCCCGCUGUUCCUCAACAACAAUAUGGCGCUCCAACUGCUCCUCAGUUCAAGGCACCACAAGCUUCUCAGUACAAAUCACCAGCAGCUUCCCAAUACAGGGCGCCUUUUCAACCUCAACCACAGUACGGAGCUCCAGCUACCUCUCGAGGAGGACAAGGGGGUUAUAGAUACUAA